AUGUAUCAGAAUGGAGAGAAACAUGCUAAAGAAAUAGGAUUUAGCAAAUUUGAAGAAGUUACGUCAGACUCCCAGUGGCAUGUCUCUUCAUCAGUUUCAUUUAAGAAGGAGUCCCUUGGCCAAAAGCCCAUCUUCAUCCAGCCUCUGUCAAGCCUCAGGGUGCGCAGCGGGGACACAGUCAGAUUCCAUGCAAGGGUUUCUGGCAUUCCCAAGCCAGAAAUCCAGUGGUUUCAUAACCAGCAGCCAAUUCUACCAACAAAAGAUGUAGUUUUCCAUUUUGAGGAGUCCACAGGCAUGGCUUUAAUGUUCAUAGUUGAUGCUUACUCAGAGCAUGCCGGGCAGUACUCUUGCAGAGCCUCUAAUUGUGCUGGGGAAGCCUCUUGUGCAGCUGCACUCACAGUGACUCCAAAAGGUAAAGCUCGUCUUGCUUUAGACACUUGGAUUUGCUUCAUACCUCCUGCUCCCACUGUUACUAAUGAGGGUCUCUGCUGUUUGUCUCACUGCAUAGUGUGCUUAGAUCUUAAUAUUCUUUUCUUUUUCUUGUCACUUGAUUAUACAGUGCGAGCCCUGGCUAGGCAGAGUUCUGGGAAGGAUGUAAGAGAGUCCACCAAGUCCCAGGCAGUGACAGAUUCCUCUUUCACAAAGCAGGAGAGCAAAAUACCCCCAAAUGAAAUUAGGCCAUUUCAAGGAUCAUCCUAUGAAUAUGAACCACAGGUUUUUGAAAGUAUAUCUCGAGGUUCCGCCCACAGAGCUGCGUCGGUUCAAAAUGUAGAGUUGCGCCAUACCGCGUCCCUUUCCCAAAGUGCAGAGAACACUGAGUUCUCUGGGAACUGGGCCGAAGAGGCGGUGGGCGAGGCCCCACGGAUUCUCCUGCCGCUUCAGGACCUCUCUGUAAAGUGCGGCGACACGGCUCAGUUCCUCUGUGUUUUACAAGAUGAAUCUUCCGUUGAUGUAACCUGGACUCGUGAAGGCGUAAAGAUAGAGGACUCUGAAAGACUAAAGCGGUCACAAAAUGGAGAUACUCAGUUUCUUAUCAUAUGUAACGUUCAGCCGGUAGACCAAGGACUGUACAGCUGCGUUGUACACAAUGACUAUGGAGAGGAGACCACAUCGGCAGUCCUAAACAUAGAAGCAAAAGAAUCGCAAACCAGAGCAGUUACAAAAAUUGCCCUUGGUUCAGACAUUAAAAAUAUUAAAACACGCAAAGAGUCACAAAUUAAAACAAGCCACGAAGUAAAGAGAGAAUCAUCAAAGAAAAUAUCAAGUUUGUCAUUCACCUCGUGCCAAAGCCUGCAAGGAACGGAGAAGCCAGGGAGUCCAGCACAUGCGCGUGAUGCCACACAGAUGGACGGAAGACUGAGCGGGAACCGGGGCACCCACCUUGCUCUCAGCAAGCUGCCCCAGAAACGAUUGUGUCUAAAGCCUGCGCCUUUCCCCUAUAUAAUAAAAGCCAUUUUGAGUUGAGGGCUCUUUGUUUUGCUCCUUAAUAUGUCAUCAAACUUUGUCUAGUUUAAAGUUUUAAAGGUGGUUCAAAUCAAAGGACUACUUACUAGCAGGAAACACUUAAUUCUGCAGGAAAACCUGAGAAUAGCCCUCGGCAAAAAGUGGGAAGUUAGAAAAUGCAUGUUCCUUCUCAAUGUGACUCCAUCUCUUAGUCUCUUAGUGUUCAGUCGAUAGGACAUUAAAAAAAAAAAAGAAUAUUCCUAUAGUUUGUGGAUUGUUUUUUUGAAUGCAUGUAAAGGCAUGGGGAAUUAUGGAACUAAAAGUGGAAAUUUCACAGAGAACCUAAAAUAAAAAUGUUUUUUAAAAUCUUUCUGCCAA